AUGGUUUAUUAUUCUCGCAGAUUGCUCAAGGCUGCAUGGUGGAGGCAAAAACCCGCCAGUCUGGGACAGAAAAAGUUCGUUGCCUUGCUUCUGAGCGAAGUCGGGGGUGGCUGGAGUGAAGAGCGCACCGCCGAAUUCCUGUCGACGCUUACUCAAGGCAACGCCCAAGAAAUAAUUAUUAAGUUCAGGCUUGGGCCGCGGGUACGAUGA